UGUUUUACACACCGCUCUGUUGCAGUGCGUCAUCAACGCAGAUUGUCUGCAGCCCUGUUUAACGUCAGACUCGUUGCUUUCGAUCGCGUUCGCUAACAUGGUCAAAAUUUUCGGCGACUCAGGUGCUAUCAAGGAAGCUCUGCACAUGAAUUCUGUCGUUGCGAACAUACUCCACCGCUCCCCGGAGAAGAUGGCACUUCGUCAAGCUGGCCUGCAAGUGGAGUUGGAGCAAGCUCUUCGCUCACGUGCUGAUCUGGCAUAUUGUGAUCGCCUGGUCAAUGCGUUACGCUUAUGCUGUCCUUGGGAAGCUACUCUCUUCCAAGCCGAGUUGGAAAGAUGUCGGGGCAACUACAAUGCUUGCUGUGAUCUUCUACGACACAUAACAGUUUCCGCUGAAGCUCGCAUCAAAUGCACCUCAUCGCUUAACAACCAAUUUCCAUCUCGUUCGGAAUCGACCAUCUGUCCAGAGCCGCUGUCCCAUCUCAAUUUGGCAACGUUUGAAGACCACGUUUCUGUGGGCGGACUGGUCAAGAUAGCUCUAAUAGGACUUCGCGCUCACUUGUUGUUAGCUGAGGUGUUUUUGUCAAAGGGAAUGUGCCAAAAGGCAGAUAAAGAACUCAACGAUGCUCACUGCCAAGCAGAAAAGUUUCGACUAUCCUCAGGAGAAGCCGCAAUUCUGUUGCUGCGCCAAGCCGUCAACGUAGUUCUGGCACGAUCGUCACAACCGGUGGACUCGCCAACUGAUCAAAUACUGAGCGAGAUUCUCCACAGAUCUGAUUCGUGCACCCGCUUUCGGUAUUCGGUAUUUGUCAGUCGCCUCAGACUCUCCUAUUUGUCGAGCGAUUCGGAUCGACUUUCCUUCUUGAAGUGCCACUUGCAACUGCUGCUAAAUGCACUCGAAUUUCACCGUUCUCUGGAUGACCGACAACAAAUACUGCUGCUGCUCAUUCUCCUCAUUGCUGCUCUGCACGCAUCUGGACGCAUUGAAGAACGCAACCGAGCUGUACAUGCACUGGAAGAGCUGCGCAGUAAACAUCACCUCCCCAUCUGUUCUGCCAGAGAGCUUGCUGCAACCCUUUUGUAGAUACCGCUUUGAACCGUCUAUUUCUCGAUGUGCAUUCCACAUCCGUACUGAUGUUCAUAUCACACGGUUCCCACUUCGCAUGCGAGAUGUAUAUCCGUUCAAGUGUAAAUAUAACCCAAUUCGUCUAUCA